AUGGCAGAGACAUCGACCUUUACGGCCCCACUGCCGCAAAGCUUUGGAUAUGGAAUUAUCAUUGGACUCGGCUUUGCUUUUGCAUUGCUGAUGAUCUUCAUCACCUGGGCUUUGAAGCGAUACCAGAAUGAAGUCCAAACAUCUGAGAUGUUCUCGACUGCAGGACGGUCCGUGAAGUCUGGUUUGGUUGCUGCAGCGGUGGUGAGUAGUUGGACUUGGGCUGCAACCCUUCUGCAGUCAACUGCUGUUGCAUACAAAUAUGGCGUGUCGGGUCCUUUCUUCUAUGCUUCGGGCGCCUGCGUCCAAAUCAUCCUAUUCGCAACGUUGGCGAUCGAACUCAAGCGCCGCGCACCGAAUGCACACACUUUCCUGGAGGUCAUCCGUGCCCGCUAUGGAACAACAGUCCACAUCGUGUUCAUUGUCUUCUGCCUGAUGACCAACAUUCUGGUCACUGCUAUGUUGCUGACUGGUGGGUCCGCUGUGAUGACUUCGCUGACGGGUGUGCCUACUGCCGCAGCCUGCUUCCUGCUUCCCAUCGGUGUGGUGCUUUAUACCCUCUUCGGUGGUAUCAAGGCAACCUUCAUCACAGACUACAUGCACACCGUUGUGAUUCUCGACGUCAUCUUCCUCUUCGCCUUCUCCGCUUAUGCCACCAAUGCCGAGCUGGGUUCUCCGUCCAAGGUAUACGAUGCAUUGGUUGCGGCGUCUAAGCGCCACCCCGUUGAGGGCAAUGCAGAGGGCAGCUACCUGACGAUGAGAUCCAAGGAGGGUGGUAUUUUCUGGAUCAUCAACCUGAUUGGAAACUUCGGUACUGUGUUCCUCGACAAUGGCUACUACAACAAGGCGAUUGCUGCCAGCCCUGUGCAUGCAUUCCCCGGAUACGUCAUCGGCGGACUCUGCUGGUUCGCAAUUCCAUGGCUAUGCGCUACAACGAUGGGUCUCUCUGCGCUGGCUCUGGAAGGCACACAACGAAUGAGCUCCGAGGAUGUCACAGCAGGUCUGGUACUUCCCUUCGCGGCCGUUAAACUUCUUGGCUACAGUGGCGCCGUUGCAACUACGCUCAUGAUCUUCAUGGCCGUAACAUCCGCCUUCUCUGCUCAACUGAUCGCCGUGUCUUCGAUCUUCACCUACGAUAUCUACGGUGCCUACAUCAACCCCAGCGCGAAGGGCAAGAGACUCGUCUGGGUCUCUCACAUGUCCUGCAUUGUCUACUCGAUCAUCAUGGCCGGCUUUGCAACAGGCCUCUACUACGCCGGCAUCGGCAUGGGAUACCUCUACCUUCUCAUGGGCGUCAUCAUCUCCUCGGCCGUCUUCCCGGGCGCCAUGACUCUCCUCUGGAAAGGACAGAACCACAUCGCAGCAGCCGUCUCCCCACCUCUCGGUCUAGCAGUCUCCCUCAUCGCCUGGCUAGUAACAACAAAGAAACAAUACGGCAUCCUCACCGUCGACACCACAGGCGCCAACUACCCCAUGCUAGCCGGCAACGUCGCAGCCCUACUCAGCCCCGUGGUCUUUGUCCCCAUCCUGACCUACGCCUUCGGUCCCCAAAACUACGACUACGAGUCCAUGCGCGCAAUCCGCAAGGUAGACGACACCGAAGUGGCAGCAGCAGCUCACGUGGAUAUCGAGCUCGUUCCCGGUGAAGCGACAAACAACCAAGACGAAGAUGAGGAGGAAACUCGCCAGCUGAAUCGCUCUGCGCUCUAUGCGCGCACCCUGACGAUCUUCAUGGCUUUCUCCUUCUUGAUCCUCUGGCCGAUUCCAAUGUACGGUUCUUCGUACGUUUUCAGUCAGAAGUUCUUUACUGGUUGGGUCGUUGUUGGCAUUUUGUGGUUGUUCGUUACCACGUUUGGUGUUGUGGUGUUCCCGUUAUAUGAGGGACGGGCUAGCAUUUCUCGUGUUGCGCGGAUGAUGUCCCUUGAUCUUAUUGGGAGGAAACCAAAGGUUUACCGGGGUACGAAGGGGGCAGAUGAUGUUGCUACACCUUCUGGGGUUGCGACGCCGACUGAGAUCGAGAAGGAAAAGAAGACUAUGGAAAGAGAGGUUUAA